CUCCACGGAUACAGCGGCAAAGCAGCGCGCACUCCCCUCAGUGACGUCUGAGCACAGCAUGUCAGCGUGCGCCUGCGCACUCACGUGUCGUCGUGUGUGCAGUAUCCUGUCAUCAUGCGCGUGUGCAGUCCUGUCUUGUGCGCCUGUACAGUCACAUGUUGAGCUGUGUCCGCGAGGCCAGUGGUGGUGUGCGCCUGCGCAAUCCCUUGUUGACGUGCGCAUGCGCAGUCCAGAGUCGGUGUGCAUCUGCACGAGGCCGCCUCAGGUGAGUCCGUGUCCGCCCACACGGGGAAGCUGAGGCUCAGGGCAGAGGGGUGUGUGAGGGGACGCAGUGAGGGCGCCUCCCCCGGGAGUCAGGGCAGGCGGCAGGGAGGGGGCGGCGCAGGUCCUGGGAGGCCUCAGGGCCCCGCAGCGGGGUGGUCGGGUCAGGGGAAGCUGUGGCUGAGGGGCGUGGGAGCGGCGUCCGCGGCGGAGGGGGCGUCCGGGCCUCCCCCGCCCUGGGUCGGGCCCCGGGACCUCCGGGCUGGGCGGGAGCGGGUCUGUGCCCACCUGCGUCCUCCGGAAGUGGCCGGGCUGCGACCCCACAGGAGGGGCUGAGGGCGGGGACGACCCCACCCCGGGGCGCAUCAGCCCACCUGAGGGGCGGCUCCGGGAGGCCCGUGUCCUUGGUGCUGGGUCCUGGCCCUGGGAGAGGAGGGCGGAGCCGGCUGACAGGGCGGGGCGGGGCCCCAUCCCUGCAGGGCGCCUGUGCCCCCAUCCUGGGGACUGAGGGCCUGGCUGGGGUGGGGGCGGUGCCCCUUCCUGUGGGCUGUGGUCGGAACAGCCCUGCGAUGCUGGGAGGACCCGGCCUCUGAGCGUCCACACCCGGUGUGUGUCCGUGCUGCGGUCGCUGUGCCGGGGCCGGCGGAGAGGACGCCAUGACCCCCGCCCUCGUGGUCCUGCUCUGCCUGGGGAGACUGGAAGACUGGGAGGGGAGACCCUGCUCUGGGAGGGACCCCGCCCCGCCCACAGCCAGGCCCUGCUCCCUGGAGACCCCAGGCUCAGGAGCCCCGGGGAGGAGAGGACGGGCGCAGGGGCAGGGGAAACCUCUCACGGGGAGCUCUCCUCCAGGGCUGUGCGGGCCCCAGGACCCGAGUGCAGGCAGGUGAGCGUGCCCCCACUGUGCCGGGUCCCCCCAACCAUGGGACAAGGGCCACCCCGGGCAGUUGGAGUGGGGACAGCAGCCCUGUCUGGUGAGGAGGGCGUCUGGGAGGGUCCUGGCCUGCAAGGGAACGGGGUCCUGGGACCCAGCCUCUGGUUUCCUUCCAGGGACCCUCCCCAGACCCAGCCUCUGGGCUGAGCCAGGCUCUGUGAUCGCCCUGGGCAGGCCUGGGGCCCUGUGGUGUGGGGGACCCUGGAGGCCCAGGAGUGCCAUUUGUAUAGGGAGGGAAUCCCAGAGCCCUGGGACAGAGCGAUGCCCCUGGAGCCCAGAAACAAGGCCAAUUCCCCACACUCUCAUGGCCGAGGUGUACGCAGGGCGCUACUGCUGUGUCUGCCUCAGCGCUGCUGGCUGGUCAGAGCCCAGUGCCGCCCUGGAGCUGGGGUGACAGUGAGGAAGCCACACCUGAGCAGGAGCUGGGAUGCACGUGGAGGCCUCGAGGGGUGCAGGAACGCAGGGUUCGUGAGUGCACCCCAGGAUCAGGCCAGCUGGAGCGAGAGAAAGAGGGACCAUGGGCGGCGGGGCCCAGACCCCAGCCCUCACUGCCCUCCUCUGCCUGGGGCUGUGCCGGGUGCCAGGGGAUGGGGCACAGGCGGGGACCCUCCCCAAGCCCUCCAUCUGGGCCGACCCAGGCCCCCUGGUCGCCGUAGGAAGCCCUGUGACCCUCUGGUGCCAGGGGUCUCUGCAGGCUGAGGUCUAUCAUAUGUAUACAGAGAGCGGCCGUCAUCCCUGGGAAACGAGGCCCCAGCAGGACUCCAGACACAAGGCCAGCUUCUCCGUGAUCACGUCCAUGAGCUCCCAUGACACAGGGCAGUACUGUUGUGUGUAUUGGACCUCGCUCGGCCACUCCCAGCCCAGUGAACCCCUGACCCUGGUGGUGACGGGGAUGUUCCCGGCGCCCUCCCUGUCGGCCCAGCCAAGCCCCGUGGUGGCGUCAGGAGAGAACGUGUCCCUCUCCUGUGGCUCAGAUGAGGCGGGCACUGCCCACCUGCUGAAGGAGGGUGGAGCCGGCCCCCUGCACAGCCUGGAAGCCAGAUACUCCCAUGGGGCUGGGCUGUGGCAGGCCACCUUCCUCCUGGGCCCCGUGGACAGCACCCAAAGGGGCAUCUACAGGUGCUACCGUGCUGACACCAACAAGACCCGUGUGUGGUCACUGCCCAGUGACCCCCUGCAGCUGGAGGUGUCAGGUGAGGGCCCCAGCCCUGUCUCAUCAGUCCUCAUGGUCAGUGCAGGGCUGUCCCCACAGGAGGACUGGGCUGGGGGAGGGGACCUGGGGGAGGUCACAGGGAGUGAGAAACAGCAGAGGUCUCAGCCCUGGGGCCCGGGUCACCCUGUGUGGCACAGGGUUUGUGUGGGAAGUGGAGUGGAUGGAACAGGGGUGCUGGUGUUGGGAAGGGAACUGGGCUGGGUGCACAGGCCUCUCACAAAGCCCACGCUGGGCGAGGGGACUCCCUAGGCACAAAGAUGUGCAGUCUGGGCUCAGGCUGCUGCGGGGAGGUGGGGUCCUGUGUUACUGGGGCUGGCCAGCCUAGGUGACCCCUCCGUGCACACCCCCAGCCCCAGCGCCCCAGGACCACACCCUGGAGAACCUCAUCCGCAUGGGCGUGGCGGGCUUGGUCCUGCUGGGCCUUGGGCUUCUGCUGGCGGAGGCUUGGUACAGCCAGAGAAGGACCCGGGCUGCAGGCCGGCGGUGACCUGGAGAGAGGACAGCGCUGGGUCAGAGAGGACGAGCCCUGGGGGCGGGGCAGGGGGGAGCGUGAGCACAGUGGGGAACAGUCUUCCAGCAUUCGGUUGCGGGAACUGUCUGGGGGCAGCAGGGGCUCUUCCUCUAUUCAGCCAUGGACUUCUCCUGCCCUGAGGUGCGAGAGCGCCCCCUGCAGACCAAAUGUGCGCCUCGCGCUUAGCUCUUUCUUCAUGGAGCCUUUUGCUCUGUUUCUGGUGAAUUCAGUUCCCAGUGCGCAUGUGUGGGAAUCCGCGUUUCAGCCAACAACAGGGAGCUUGCGCCAAGUAACAGAAUAAACGAGCGAAAUAGAUUUCAGGGUGGGCGGGGUCAAUCCAUCUGGGGAGUGAACCAGCAGAUGGAAGACUUUCUCUCUCUCUCUCUCUCUCUCUCACUCUCGGUCUGUAUCUAGCUCUGUAACUCUUUCAAAUAAAUAAAAUAUAUGUUUUUAAAAAGUUAAUGGUGUACAACAUUGGUAAUGUACUACAAGUCAGCAAAUAAUACACUUUAAAGGGCUGGUUUAAUGUUAUUUGAAUUUCAGCACAAUAAAGAAGGAAACAUGGU